AUGUCGUCCGCACAGCAAACCCCCCGUACCGCGCAGGCCGCCUCCCCGGAAACCUCAAACUACACCACGAGCCCGCAUGCCACCGCCGUGCCGCCCCAGAUCGUCGAGCGCACCAACAGCUGGAAGCCCUCGUUCGAGCGCCGCCAAAGCUGGAACAAGGAGGACCAGAAGCGCGAGCUGCAGAUGAGCCACAUCGACGACGUCAAGACCGGGCCCGGCUUCACCGAGCGCGCUUGA